GCUCAGUGGGCUGCUGUGCUGAGGGUUCUCCUGUUGUGCCGGCAGUUUUGCUUAGAUUAAGGUGGAUCUAAGUCAAUAGGCCCGGCCCGCCAUGCAGCCCCUCAGCGCCGCUCUCCUGCUCAGCAGCGUUAGUGCCCUGGUCACCUCCCAGGCGACCACAUCCGGCAAGUUUCGCUGCCAGACGGCCGGGUUCCACCGCGAUCCCAACAACUGCGCAAUCUUCUACAGGUGUGUGUCGUUCUGGGGCGGCAGCCAGCUGCGACCAGUGAUGUUCAGCUGUAAGGAACCGACUGUCUUCGACGCUUCUCUGCGGGUCUGCCAGUUCCCCUGGAGAACGAAGCCUCCAUGUGUGAAAAAUGCGAACGGUGUUUGGGUUGAGGAUGAAGCACGGCCGACUGUGCUGCCACCUGUCGAAGUUCUGCCGAACAUCACCGUGAUCGAGUUGGGCUCUGCCGACUUCGUGACGUCACCGCCACCCACCUAUCAGGUGGCGGCCGGCAGUCCCUACGCCUGUCCUGGCCCGGGCGAAUACUUCGCUCGGCAGGGCGACGCCUGCGUCUUCUACUACCAGUGCGCUGAAACGGCGCCGGGGGUGGUGAACGCCACUCUGUUCCGGUGUGCGGACGGCCAGAUCUUCACAGAGACGACGGGCGCGUGCGUGCGGCCGUCGCCGCUGCCGGCGUGCGGCCAGAUCUCGUCAGACUCGGACCUGGACGAGGCGCUGGACGUUCCGGUCCAGCAGCCGGUGUACGACGACCAGGACCUCUACCUGGAGCUGGAGUUCCGGAAGUGAACGGUGUGGGUCUCGGAAGGGGCCGCAUGGAGAUAGGGAAGUAAACCUCCCGGAGUUCCUGCCGGAAGCUUCCUGGAGUUCUGGAGGGAAGCCGCCUUGAGUUCCUGGAGGAAGCUACCUGGAGUUGCUAGACUGAGCGGCCAUGAGUUCCGAAUCGAGCUGCUCUGAAGUUCCGUAGCGAAGCUCCCGGAGUUUCGUAAUUAAUCGUCAGGAGUUCCUGGGUGAGCCACCGGGGUUCCGAAAUGAUCCACCCGAGUUCCUGAAUGAUCUUCUAGAGUUCCAGAGUUCCUGAAUAGUCCGCCGUGGUUCCGGGAUGAGCUGCAAAAUUUUCGGAGAGAUCCGCCGGAGUUCCGGAGUGACCCGCCGGAGUUUCGGAGUGAUCCGCCCGGAGUUCCGGAGUGAUCCGCCGGAGUUCCGGAGUGAGGCGCCCUGGGCGGCCAGCCGGGCGGACCGUGACCCGACCGGACACAGCGGCGCGUCGUCUCACGACCCGGAAGUCCGGUUCCGCCCAGAGAGCUGGUGGCCGUUGGUUGGGUGGCCAGCGCUCUGCCCUCACAAGGAUAGAAGUAGGCCAGUGCAGUGGAUGUUUGUAAAUAUAUGUGUGAGGUGCAUGUGUGAAAAGGAACUGGAGAUGAGUGUGAGAAGAGGUGAAAUGCGGGUAAAAUAGGCGUGUUGAGUGGAUGCUGUGAGGAGCCCGAUAUUGUGGCCGCCCAGUUGUGUCUGUGUGCAGGAAAAGGAAAUUCCAAACAAAUCUGACUUACUCUGGGAUUUUCUGAGCUUUGGAUGAUACCACGUGAGCUUUGGAUGAUAUCUCGCGAGCUUUGGAUGAUACCACGAGCGAAAAAUCAUUCAAUGCAGUCUGACCGCUGAUUGCUGUUAUUUAGAACAGCCGCUAAACGUACAGUAUGUUUGUGCACACAAAUACAAGUGUGCAUUGUUUACAGCCUGAAAAUUAUUUGAUGCAAGUGAAUAAGCAUAGAUCAAUCUGCUCCCACAUGGAUGACAACCGAACCGACGUUUAUGUGUGAUGAUUAAUGCCUACUGUAAUUGUGCCAAAAUAUAGUUCAU